ACUCUAUGACACACUUUCGUCGAAAGCUAUUGACAGACGACAACGACAUGAACGCCGCCUCCAAUCUACGAAAACGUUUUUCUUAUCAUCUUUUGAUGGUUGCCUUGAUUGCAAAUUUGGCUACUGGGCUAAGUGCAGCCAUUGAGGAGGAUGAUGAUCUACCACGUGAUUUAUGGUGUAUCGAUGUUACCGAAUUUUGCAACAGAUAUUUGGAUUUACCCCGGCCAGAAUGUAUUGCCAAAUUAAAUGAAAUUUGCAUCGAGGAACCGUUGGUGCAAGAGAAUGCAAGCAGUAAUGGCGAGCAAAGUGUGGGAAACACCCAACCAAAUGAGGAGCCUUCUCAGUCAGCCAAUGAAUCUCAACAAAGUGAAACCGAUCCACCACAAUGGUUACAAAAUUUGGUUUCGGAAGUUUUUAACCCCAAGAAUAGAAUAUGGAGAAAGUAGAAAUACUACAACCAAUAAAGCUAUAAUAAAAUGAGAAUGGUUUUCAAUUUUUCGUAGCAUUUGAAAAUUCAUUGUAUUGUUGGGAAAUGUGAACAAUA